AUGGCUCGCGGCGACCAUGGACCCAAGAAGUUUUCCUUCCCACUACCUCGCCGCUCGCGGACCAAAACCGACGACCACGACGCCCGCUCUACCCCAUCGAUACCCUCUGGCCCCGAAAGGCCCUCCCAUCACGAAGAUACGUCCAGCAAAGCACAUCGAGUACUGGGCACGUCUGACGUCUUGCACCGUUCGACAUCAAGGCAGUCGACAGUACCACCGAGUCCUGGUUUCAUGUCCAUAACCCUCUCCGAGGCUACUCUCGGCUCUCAGUUCGACGACAGAAACUCGGCAACAGCUACGGAGAACAGCGGAUAUCUGAAACGACCCAGCAUGUCAAAACGCCCAUCGUCCAAUGUUCUAGGACGUACCUAUACUGGAGAAGGCAGGCGGGGCUCUGACAACAGCUCUGCCAGUCACCACCUACACCCACAAACAUCCAGUUCCACCCUCCGAUCGCACUACGACGCGAAGAGUUCACCGCUGUACAUCUCCCAGCAAACCUCCGAUUCGGCAGUUCGAGAUAGAGCGUUACGAAGAGGACAACCCCCGGUAUUGACGGACCACGGUUACGACAGUUAUGAAGCCAGUCCACUGUCACCUGUCAUCCUAGAUGAAACGAGGAAGAAGGAAUACCGAAAAAGUAAACCCGCCCGACUAGAUCUUUCUAAACUGUUUCCCAAGCCCAAGGACAGUAAUGAUGGACAUCACCAUGGCAGUACAUUGCUCUCCCCCACCAAGAUGGUCAACUCGCCGGCGGCCAUGUCCAUGAACUCGGAGUACUUCCCUCGGUCAAUGACGAGGCAACCAACUCCACAAGCAGGGUCCGCCAAGUUGCAGAAGACCAAUGUGAAGUACCAGAAUGCUCCAUCAAAGCCCCCAAUGAGUCCAGUACGCAAAGUCAAAAGGGAUCAAUACGAUAAUGCCAAGGUACAUGUACGCCGACCACCGAAAGGCGUCCAGCAUUGGUUUGAUGCGCUCGAUGAGGAGAGUGAAGACAGCACCGAGGAGACACAACAGGUACAUGCCGAGGCUUCAUUUACAAAUCCUGAGCCUACCGUGCCAGAACAUAGCUAUACCACUAGCCAAGCCUCGCGAGCAAGGCAUGCAUCGAACUAUAGUCGUCCAUCACAGAAUCCCACACCAGCGUACAAAAGGGACAGCUUUGCGCUUGAGGAUAUUGUUGACAUUAGUCAUCUAACCUCACCUAGUCAGUACUCAGUAGACACGUAUCGGUCAUAUUCCACGUCAAAGACUAGAGAGUCAGCCCUUUCCAAGACCAACCUCCAGGACUCCAGUGUCUUGUCCUGUUCCUCAUCCGAGGACGAGAAUGACGAGCGGUCACGAUCUCGCAAGGGCAGCGUUCGCAAGAGCUUGGACAGUGGCGACUACACUGGAGAGAUUGUCAUUGGACGAGCACAAGCAUACGAGGUUCGCCCACACCGUCGUAUGCAAUCGUCUGGAAAGAUGAGCACACUCUCGACGUCUACAAACGCCACCAUUGAAGUCAUGUACAGGCCAGAGCCACCGCCUCACCCGUCAUAUCACUAUCCCAGGAGCAGUGUCCACAGUGUUGGCAGACGUACCAGCCACGUGAGACAGCCCUCGGUCAUUCUCGAAGAUGAAGACUCUCGCCCACAGACCGCUGUUACCACACCAGUGUCACCUACAGCACAUAGUAUUGCAAGUGCGCGCACCUCAGCAAGUGCGCCGCAACCCCAGUCGGAAGGGUCGCGCAAGUAUAUGCAAGUGACGGCGGAAGAGGAAGCUUUGCUGGAAUUGAUGAGAAAGAAACGCGCAGCUAUGAACAAACAGAGCGCAUCGCAGGCGCCCGCACGGGAACAAGACAGGCACCUAAAGCCGGCAGCAGAAAGAUCUCCACCACAUCGCACGUCUGCCUACCUUUCCACAGACUCUCUAGAGCCAAGUCAUGUACGAACGGCAGAGGCUAGAUCCAAGCAUCGAGCGUCCGUAGGCACAUCUUCGUCGCUUGCGCCAUCACGUGGCAGAUCUUCGACAACUGAGAGCCGGGCAACUACGAGCCAACUUCGCGAUAGUUCUGCCAGCGACACCUGGUCAGACCGCAACUACUCCCCUGCCAGCCGAGGAAGACUGCCACACCACUUCCCGACUCCAGCCGGGUUUUCACAAUCGGAUAUGUUUCCACCUUCGUCUCCGAUACUGGCUGCGAGCGUCGCAUCGCCCACUACUACCGACCACCCGUCUCCCUUACCAUCACCAAUGACGCCCGCACUUUGCACCAACGACCAGGAUGUAGUUGUUAAAGUGGCGAGCAGUGAUACUAGCAACGAGCUUGAUGAAUUCCCCAUGCUCGAUCACGGCGUCAUCAGUGCACCUCCGGAGCGCACAAAGUCUGAAUCAUCCCACCGUCGUCGUAGAACUGCAUCCAGCGAUGCGGAGAUCACAUUCCCUGUACCUCCUACAUCUACCGGUUUCAGAGACCUUACUCCGGUUUCUGAGGCCUCGUCUCGUGCUCCCAGCAUUAUCGAGCCGCCAAUCCCUAAGCUUCCUAAGAAGAACACACGGCAUAUCAGCGAACUAGCGCUCGCGAGCAUAGAAACACGAAGUCGACAGAGCAGUGUUCACUCUACCGGAUCACGUACGUCUGUCUACUCGCAGUCGUCGAGCUACUAUAAUAGCGCCGGAAAGAGGAGAUCACGCCACUUGAGCCCAGACGACAACAUUACUAGUAGUCCUAGGGUGAUGAGUAACGACCGUGACAGCGUCAGUGAUGAUGUUCUGGCUGCCUGGAACAGUCUAGGAGGGACAUACUAG